CUUGUAUCAGCUACACUAGAACAGUUCAGGUUGUGGCAGCAGUGCCCGAAGUGCGCCAAACCACGGAAUUGUUGCCAUAUUCUGGAGAAUCAGUCCGUUUUCUCAAAAAAAAAAAAAAAAUUUGUUCGGAACGGAUUUCUGGUCCGUUGAAACAUCUUCAGCACCCAACAAAAAUAAUCUGAUAAUCCUCACACUCCCAAACUGAGGGAACAGACCGGGACCGUUGGGACUUAUAGGACAUAUUCUUGUUACCACGGCGCAAAACAAAGUACAGAAUCUUGUUAUACAUACUUGUAUUGUGGAGCAAACGGAACGGAUGCAUUAAACGCCCCGUGAUUCAGGGUUCACUGCGCUUCUGUUUUGAGGGGGUUGAGCAGCCGCACUGGAUUCAACGCUUGGGAUGCGGGAUCCCUGAACUUGUCUGCUUCUUAUCCGCCUCGUCGAGCGGACUUUUCAUCUGCAGAAUCCGAUUCGAUCAGCUUCUUACACGGGCGUUUGGAUGCGAUCUAGAUUCCUGGCUGUGCUAAACUCUUCAUUGAAUGCAGUUUUACUAACAGCUGACUUUCUGUCGUAUAGUGAAGGGGUGGACAGAAGUGGAUUGUGUUGAAGUUGCAUGAAUCAACGGAUCGCUCUUUGCAGAUCGCAAUAUCAGAUCGGAUAUUUGGCGUGAGGCGCGAUGGCAAUGUUGGCGACUUUUUGGAUUGUCCUGUUGGUCGCGUUAAACGCUCCAGCGGGGAACGGGCAGUCGGUGCAGACGGACCCCAGCAAGUCUGGAUUUGUGGGUGAUACGGUCGAGCUGCGAUGUCUCUUCAUCAACGGCAAGCCACCAGUGAAGAUCUCUCAGGUCACCUGGCAAAAGCUGAUAAAUGGCAGCAAACAAAACGUGGCCACCGCCAACCCAGCCUUGGGAGUAUCUGUGCUGCCCCCUUUCAAAGACCGUGUGAGCUUCAAGCACCCUGCUGUGCGCCAGAGGACCCCUUCUUCUCUUGAGGAUACCACCAUUGUGUUCACCAACCUACGGCUCUCUGAUGAAGCGGCCUACAUCUGCGAGUACACCACAUUCCCAGCAGGCAACAGGGAGAAUAUGGUCAACCUCACCGUCUUUGCACGGCCAGUGACCAAGAUGUCGUUGACUUCACCCACCAUCGUGGCAAGGACUCCGAAACGCAAGAUGCCCGUGGCCACCUGCAUGUCGGCUAACGGCAAGCCUCCCAGCGUCAUCAAAUGGGACACCACUCUGAAGGGAGAGGCCACGUUUCAGGAAACGCGUAAUCCGAAUGGCACUGUGACCGUGCGCAGCAACUACAUCGUGUUGCCCAGCCGCGAGACCCACCGACAAAAGCUGACCUGCAUCGUCACUUACCGCGCAGAACGCUUUACCGACAGCGUCAUACUCAACGUUCAGUAUGAGCCGGAGGUUAAAAUCGAGGGCUUUGACGGGAACUGGUACCUGAAUCGUCCAAACGUGCAGCUCACGUGCAACGCAGACGCCAACCCACCCGUCACCGUCUACCAGUGGAAACUGUUGAAUGGAUCACUUCCCAAUAAUAUUGAAAUCAAGAACAACACCCUGUUCUUCAAAGGCCCGGUGACCUACGAGCUCGGAGGAACGUAUGUCUGUGACGCCACCAAUAGCAUCGGCACACGCUCUGGAUUGGUAGAGGUCAACGUGACGGAAUUCCCUAUCUUCCCGACUCACGUUGGCCGUGAGAUCCCAUUGGAGCAGCAUAGUUCCGGCAUUGCCAUUGGCGGCGCGGUUGGUGGGGUGGCCCUGCUGGCGGCCGCCAUCGCGCUGCUCGUCUUCUUCCUGCGGCGUCGCCAGCGCACCUUUAAGGGUGACUACAGCACCAAAAAACAUGUGUUCGGGAAUGGAUACAGCAAAGCCGGUGGCGUGCCUGCCCAUCCUCCGAUGCCCAAGAACCUGCAGUACCCCGACGACUCGGACGAUGAAAAGAAGCCGGCUCAAAUUAGCGGACCCGGCGGUUUCGAGGGCGGCGAUCGAGAUUUCGACGGCAACUCUGAGGAUUUGAAGAGACCCUAUUUCACCGUAGAUGAAGGCGAAAGUCGUGAUUACGACGAACGGACCCUCGCCUUCCAGUACGACCCCGAGCCCGAGAUCGCCGACGACAUGGUCUCCCAAACCGACGGCUCUGUUAUUUCAAAGAAAGAGUGGUACGUGUAGAGUGGCAUGCAACGUCAAGGAAAAAAGAUCUACGACCUUUUGCCCUCUCCUGCAUCCGACCACAUCCACCCACCUCCAUCACUAGAACCCUCCCUCAAUGUGUUUAUCCUUAUCUGCACAUCCCACCCCUGACCCAGUAACCUCCGCCCCCCAUCAGAGUCCAUCGAAAACAGCUGUAGAAAAAUAGCUUGCGGCAUCAACACGUCAUCAUCCAUUGCACAUCCACAUGCUUUUAGAUGAACCUGCUACGACAACAAGAAGUUUUCUCACUGACCGAUGCCAAUCGACAUCCAGUAAGGCUGGACAGGCAGGUCGCUUGAAAAUAUUACAGUGUAUUAUCCUUUUUGUCUCAUUUUGUUGUUAUUAUAAAUGUAUUAAAUGUAUAAAAAGAGACUGUAACUGUUUUGGAAAGGGGUAUAUUGCUGAUCAUGUUGUGAAAGUCUUACACUGGAUGUACGAUUAUUUUUUUAUCUGUUUGUCUUUUUUUAAAUCUCAUUAGCAUAUUAGCAUUGCUUUUACAUUAAUAGUUUUGUUCAUUUUUAUAUAGUCUUGCUUUUUAUAUGGAAUGUUGGUGACCUAAAAAUGUGGAACUAAAUAGUAGAAUAAUUAUUCUUGCCCAAACUUUUCAUUAUAAGGUCAAAGGUCACAUCAACACUAUUGUGUUUAAUGGAAACAUCAUAUUUGUGCAGUUCUUAAAGGAACAUC